AGGUGGGAAGGAAGUAGCAUAAUAGAAGGUUCGGGUUAGGGCUUAAGAGUGUUUUUGCUCUUUCUUCUUCUUCUUCGUCUUUGCGAUUGUUGUUCUGUGCAAGAGAGAAGAAGAGAUCGAUCGAUCGAAAUGGCGUUGGCUUUCGACGAGUUCGGAAGGCCGUUCAUAAUCCUGAAGGAACAGGAGCAGAAGAGCAGACUCCGAGGUUUGGAUGCUCAGAAAUCGAACAUCUCCGCCGGCAAAGCCGUCGCGCGGAUCCUCCGCACCUCCCUCGGUCCCAAAGGCAUGGACAAGAUGCUCCAGAGCCCCGACGGAGACGUCACCAUCACCAACGACGGCGCCACCAUCCUCGAGCAGAUGGACGUGGACAACCAAAUCGCGAAGCUCAUGGUGGAGCUUUCGAGGAGCCAGGACUACGAAAUUGGCGAUGGCACCACCGGCGUCGUCGUCUUGGCCGGCGCGCUUCUCGAGAAGGCGGAGCGCCUCCUGGAGCGGGGAAUUCACCCAAUCAGGAUCGCCGAGGGUUACGAAACGGCGUCUAGAAUCUCGGUUGAGCAUCUUGAGCGCGUUGCCAACAAGUUCGAGUUCGGGGAGUCCAAUUUGGAGUCUCUCAUUCAAACCUGCAUGACCACACUCUCCUCUAAGAUUGUUAAUCGGUGCAAGCGUAGCUUGGCUGAGAUCGCUGUUAAUGCUGUUCUUGCUGUUGCCGAUCUGGAGAGAAAGGAUGUUAAUUUGGAUCUGAUUAAGGUGGAAGGGAAAGUUGGGGGUAAAUUGGAGGACACUGAGUUGAUCUAUGGCAUAGUUGUUGAUAAGGAUAUGAGCCAUCCUCAAAUGCCUAAGCAAAUCGAGGAUGCUAAAAUUGCUAUCCUGACCUGCCCCUUCGAGCCUCCCAAGCCAAAGACUAAGCAUAAGGUUGAUAUUGAUACAGUGGAGAAGUUCCAGACGUUGAGGUUGCAGGAACAGAAAUAUUUUGAUGACAUGGUUCAAAAAUGCAAGGAUGUGGGUGCAACCCUUGUAAUUUGCCAAUGGGGUUUUGACGAUGAAGCAAAUCAUCUCUUAAUGCACAGGAACUUGCCAGCUGUCAGAUGGGUUGGUGGUGUAGAGUUGGAAUUGAUAGCUAUAGCAACUGGUGGAAGAAUUGUUCCUAGGUUCCAGGAGUUAUCAACAGAAAAGUUGGGAAAGGCUGGCAUGGUUCGUGAAAAGUCUUUUGGUACGACAAAAGACCGAAUGCUGUACAUUGAACACUGUGCAAACUCAAGGGCUGUAACAAUAUUCAUCCGUGGAGGUAACAAAAUGAUCAUAGAGGAGACAAAGCGCAGUCUUCAUGAUGCCUUGUGCGUGGCUAGGAAUCUUAUCCGUAACAAUUCUAUUGUAUAUGGUGGUGGUUCUGCUGAGAUUUCGUGCUCUAUAGCUGUCGAGGCUGCUGCUGAUAGAUACCCUGGAGUUGAACAGUAUGCUAUUAGAGCAUUUGGGGAUGCCUUGGAAGCCAUCCCAAUGGCCCUCGCUGAAAAUAGUGGCCUCCAACCAAUUGAAACAUUAUCCGCUGUUAAGUCUCAGCAAAUAAAGGAUAAUAACCCUCACUUUGGCAUUGAUUGUAAUGAUGUUGGCACUAAUGACAUGCGUGAGCAAAAUGUCUUCGAAACUUUGAUCGGAAAGCAGCAACAGAUCUUACUCGCUACUCAAGUUGUCAAGAUGAUAUUGAAAAUUGAUGAUGUCAUUUCCCCAUCUGAGUACUGAUAUUUUAAACUCAGUCACGUUCUGCAUCAAGAUUCUGAAGCUUGCUUAUAGUAUUUUGUUUAAUCGGUCUGAUUGUAGUCACAGUCCGUAUGUUUACUUGAAAUGUAAGAUUUUGGCCCAGUUUGUAUCGGAGUUGGGCGGUUGUUUUUGUUUCUUAAUGCAAUUAUCUUUUUAUUUUUAAAACAUUAUGGAUUAGUUGUUUUUGUUUAGACAUUUUAACCUUUGUUUGUAGGCCGAGUGAAAUUUUGUUAUCUCAGUCUUAUUUUGGGCCCUAAA